AUAAUUUGACCUUGCUGAAUUUAUAGCGAAGCCUUGCGAAAUCACGAGAGAGCACUUCGUCUUCCGAGCUGACAGUUGCAGAGAUCGUGAUAGUUGCCAGCAUUUGCACAAGUGUUAGACUUCGUCAUUCAGAAAACCAGCUAACUCUGAGUCCUACCUCGGUCAAUAGUAAUCUUAUUUUAUUUUAUUAGCCUAGGUAGGGGGGUUAAGCGAUCAAUAGGAAGGGGGGGAGUAAAGGAUAGAGAUUGUAGGUGAUUCUGAUCACUAUUCGUGACGUACUUCUUGUAGUGAAGACUGUGAUAGCGGAGAUGUCGUUUGAAGGAACCCUAAGUGUUGGAGGGGGAGAAGGGGUGAGAGAGGUCAGUUCGAGUUUGUUCUCGACUUUGAGCUCGAGCACGAGCUUGAGUGGGGGAAGUGGGGGUAGGACCUCUAUUAGUGGGGGAAAUUGGGGUCAAGAGGGUAGCCUUGUCCCAACCAACAUUUUAGAGGGGGGUAGUGGGAAGGAGAAGGGGUGGUUUUACUUCACAGCUCGAGUAGCUGGAGGUAGGAGUAGGAACCUGUUCACUGCAGGUCUUUCCUUCAUUAAGGGGUGGAAGGAAAAGUUUUUCUUUGUGGAUGAUAUAGAGUGGGGGAAAGGGGAUGGGGAGGUGGAGAAGGACGAGGUGAAGAGGUUGGAGAGGGGUGGGGGGGAGCUGACAAACAUAAUGUACCUCACAAGUCCAAAGGUGGUGGAGUCGUUUGAAAUCUAUGGGAGGAGCUCGUUGAGCACAGAAGAAAUGAAUCGCUUGAGAGCUGGGGGCAAGCUGGUACGAUUACCGAAGAAGAGGUCAAGGGCGUUAGCCCCGGGUGCUCAGGAGGAGCGAGUUGGAGGUGGGCCUUCAAGGCCUUACUCAAGUGGUGGAUCUCGAGAUGAGGUGGGGCCCAGUUCUGAGCCCAAGAAGGGCGCAACUAAGGAGGUGGCUGCCCAAAAGAGGCCAAGGGUGGAGAAGGUGCAACCUCUACAGGUCGAGGCCCCGGUCAAGUUCGUACCUCGGCCUCCUCCCGUGCAGAUCAACCCAGCACUUCGACAGGUAGAAGCUGUGGUGCCUAGGAGGGGGAAAAGCUCCGUUCCUUACCCCAGGGAUGAAGUGGCAACAAAUGGGGGAUCAGGGAUUGCAAACUUGAUGAAUGCAAUGGCGGUUGAGUUCUUCGAUUGCCUCCAAGAGCGGAUUGCCUUGGUGAAAAAGAACGAAGAGCUCAGCCGCCAGAAGGAGGAGGCGGAGAAGAACUUCGCUGGAGGAGCAAAAGAGGAAGAAAUGCGAGCAAGCACUUGCAAGAAGGGAGAGCGAGCUGGCCGAAGUGAAAAGUCAGCCGAGCUGGCGGUCCACAACUCUAUGGAGGAGCAUGUUUCAGACUUCGUCAAGUCUACCAUGUUCGCCGAGGUGGUGGACCUCUACCAUUUGCCGACGCUGGUGAUGGUCUUCGCUAACUGCCGUAAGAAGGUGAAGGCACAGAACCCAGAGGUGGAUGUGACAAGUAUCACGUUUGGACCUGAGGAGGCAGGGGUAGAGGAGAAUGGGGAUAGCAACACAGCAAAGUUUUGUCUUGAGGUUAAAUUAACUUGGGAAUGGGAUGAGGUUGGAAAAACUAUCCUUCCGUCGACGUUGGACUUCGAGUUCGUCGUUGUUGACGAGGAGGAGGCCGAGGUGGCACCGAGGACGGAGGUGGCUGACAACAUGCGAAAUGAAGAAGUGGACCAAUAGCUUCAAAUCAUUGAUUGAGCUCGGCCAGCUCAUGUUUUGUACUUUUGUAAUUUUUAGUUUAUUUAGAGAACAAUUUGUAUUUCAGUUGAAAUGAAUGAAUUAAAAUUUU